AUGGAUGAAGAGCGCAAGACCAUGAAGCUGCCGGACACGGACAAUACGAGCCUCACGUGUGCUGCGCGGAUCCUGGGGCACGAAUGUGCGGACGCCAAUCUGGAGUUCUUGCGGUGCAAACAACUUGACGCCAAUCCGCGUGCGUGUCUCGCACAGGGCGAGAAGGUGACGGCCGCCGUGCUAAAGACGCUUCGUGACGUCGAAAUGAACUGCGGUGAGACGUACUCGGCGUACAAAAAGGCGUUGAAGAAAAACUGGCACCGGAUUGACGAGACGAGGAAGGAACAGACGGCAUUGGAAGAGUGUUGGCGACAAUACAAGGGCUAUAAUAAGCCACAGGAGAACUAA